CAGCGCUGGGCGCGGCAGGGCGCGCGGGCCAUGGGGGGCAGCCUGCGGGUGGCCGUGCUGGGCGCCCCGGGCGUGGGCAAGACGGCCAUCAUCCGCCAGUUCCUGUUCGGUGACUAUCCCGAACGCCACCGGCCCACGGACGGGCCACGCCUCUACCGGCCCGCGGUGCUGCUCGACGGCGCGGUCUACGACCUGAGCAUCCGCGACGGCGACGGCGCUCGUCCGGGUCAGAACCCCGGGGGUCCAGAGGAGUGGCCGGACCCCAAGGACUGGAGCUUGCAGGACACGGACGCCUUCGUGCUCGUCUAUGACAUCUGCAGCCCGGACAGUUUCGACUACGUGAAGGCGCUUCGGCAGCGCAUCUCGGAGACCAGGCCGGCGGGCGCACCCGAGGCUCCCAUCCUCGUGGUAGGCAACAAGCGGGACCGGCAGCGGCUGCGCUUCGGGCCUCGGCGCGCUCUGGCCGCCCUGGUGCGCAGGGGCUGGCGCUGCGGCUACCUCGAGUGCUCCGCCAAGUACAAUUGGCACGUGCUGCGUCUUUUCCGCGAGCUGCUGCGUUGCGCUUUGGUGCGCGCGCGCCCUGCGCACCCGGCCCUGCGCCUGCAGGGGGCGCUGCACCCGGCGCGCUGCAGCCUCAUGUGACUGAACUGGACGACGACGCCGAUGGUGGGGGGAGGGUGGUUUGAUUGGAACAACCGGGUACCUGGAUUGGACGAAAUUGCCCAACUUCUCUCGGAUUGGACAGGACAAAGUCUCCUCCCUGAUUGGAUGAGGAAACCUCCCAGUCAGUCUCCUGGGCGACAGGACUCUCUUUGAGCCUCAUUGGACCUAGCCAGGCCCCAAGCUACAUUGGGCUCAAGCAGUCCUUUCUGGGACCUCAUUGGGUUACAAUCCCAUUGGACUUGGCUAUUCUGAUUGGAAGCUCUCAGGUUGCUCCUGCGGCUUCACUGGACAGACUCUUAAGUCACACCUCUCGGGAGGUAAUAAAGGGGAAAACAAUGCAAGCGCACCUCCCAUUUCU